AUGAACAUAGACAAGAGUAUCAUCGUCAUGGUGAGCGAGAACAAGAAUGACGGAGGGCACCCCUUGAAGAUCAAAGGGAACAAGGAAGAAUACCCGGGCAUCAAGGCUGCGAAACCCCACAAGAAUCCGAGUAACAUCGAGUUGGAGUUUGACGGCAGGAUGGACACCGUGGCAUUCCCCGUCACACGGAUCUGUACGAAGACCAAGAUCACAAAGCUCAUCAUUGGAGAGUAUAUGAAGGAAAUGACAAUUUCGCGGUUGGUGCAGGGGAUAAACUUAAUGAUUUCGAAUGUCAGAGAUGGAAUUGAACGAUCAACGCCAUUACAAACCCAGCCCUAUCACGGCAUUCUACGUCUUCUGUAUCGGGAUAAGAACUGCAGUCCACUGAAGACCACACGAGAAGUGCGCGGAAAAGGUCUUGGCUGGCAGAGAGCACCCAACAACAGUGGAAGAAAACGAAAACGCCACCAGGUGAAGCAAUUCUGAACCCAGCAAUGCUGGCAAAGUGCUAUUUUGGU